UUGUUACUAUGGUAACGAGCACAAAAUGGCUGCUCAGUCCUAUGAAGAAAUGUUUUUCUAUCUCAGAGAGACUUUCUCUCCAGAGAACAGGAAGCCAAUGGUCGAGACUAAUGUUCCUCAGCUAGUAUUAUUCGCUGAGCACAUAUUAAAGGAUGAUAAUGUUGAUCUGGCCAUGGAGUGUAUUGAUUUCUAUUUCUCUCUCAAUCCUCCAGCGAACCAGUUCCUCAUAAGAGCUCACGUCUGUCGUGGAAUGUGUCUCUCCAGGAGAGAAGGAAGGGAGCAAGAAAGUCUUCGCUGCUUUAGCAAAGCCAGUUGGUUUAGCAAAGAAGUCGCCAUGUUAUCAUUUCAUGGUAUACAAUAUAUCAGUGUGUCUGUGGAAGGUUAUAAGAGGAGGAGGAGCAAUGGGCAUAUCAUCACCUCAGGUCUACACAUCAACACUACAGACUGUAGUGAAGGCACUGGAUGAGUGCAAUAAUGAUGAUUAUAAAUGGAGACUCACCCUUUUGCUGUAAGAAUCUCUAUGUUCAUCAUCAUCUUUCUCUCUCUUCACUUUCUUUUGCAGUUGUUUGGCU